AGCUCCGGUUCACUAUUGGCUCUUGGCAUUUUGCAGCUGCCUGUCAACAAGAUGGCCUUUCUCUAUUGCUUUUCCAAUACUAUGAAACUAAAUUUGUUUUAUAUGAACAUCAUAUUUUUCUGGGCGUAUUGAGGCCAUAGUUCAAUAACAGAUUGUGCUAACUCAAAGGCGGUAGUUGUUACUAAGGUAGAUGUACAUUAUCCAUCGAAAACAGUCUGCUGCGAUAGCAAUGUGAGGACAUUGUCAUUGGCUUCCAGAUAGGUCGCAGGCUAAUGUUAUUGUAGCAGAUCUGCAACACUCUGGCCUUGUUUCUGCUCUAUUUUGUGUUUUUAAAUAUAUUUUAUUUGAAAUAGGUUAACAUUUUGUUGUGGUUAUUGUGGGAGAGGUGCUGGAACGAAGAGAUAUACAUUAUUUGAAAGGUAAACCUGCCUAGCAGCGUUUUUCACUGAGGAGGAAAGGUGCUACUGAACAAAGGGAAAGGGAAUUAACUUUGUACAAGAUGACAGAACAAGUAAUGAACAUCUGCUUCACAGAAAACGUUGGUGGAUAUUACAGUCUGGCACAGUGAGAAUGAAUGGUGAAGUUCAAAGUAACUGCCCUGCAUAGUGGCAGAUAUGCUCCCAGUGGGCUCAAAAUGAACCGUGACACCUUUUCCCACAUACGCCUUUGGUGCCCACGCCCCUUUGGCACAUACUCUCAGAAUAAGCCAUACAGCAAUGGCACAACUGGCAGUGGGACAUCUUCGCUCUGUAAAGCUGACACGGUUGGUUGCACGUCCAUAGAGGCUGGUGGAGUCGGUGAAGAGCGUGAUGAGGAUGUUGGCACGGAGAACACCCCUCCUGCCCAAGCGACCAGCCUCCUGCCCCCCCCACCCCCUGCACCACCCUCCCCUACUUCACAAAUGGAAGAUGGUAGGGUAUUGCUGGAUACAUGGUAUGUCAUCAAGCCCGGCAACACCAAGGAAAAAAUUGCCUUCUUUGUGGCUCACCAGUGUAGUGGGGCAGGUUUCCCGAGGCCCAGUGCCAUGAAGGUCAAAGGGAACUGGGGUGGCGACUGUACCAAGGCUAAGCGGCGUCGCCGCUGCUCGUCCUAUGACCCUCCGGUGAGAGCCCAGCAUGCGGGCUCAGAGCUGCAUUCAGAGCCCUGUGCGCCGGACGACGCCGUCGGAGUCAGUGACACCGAUCUGCUUUCUGUGGCUGAGAUGGUAGCUCUCGUAGAGCAGCGGGCAGCCAUGGCCCUGCAAGGCAUGGUAGCUCACGGACAGACCGCCUCCGGCAACCAGCAUCACACAGUCCUUCAGAAUUCGGAUUCUUCGCCUGUCGUAUUCCUUUCAGAGAACCGCCCGAUCCAACAGGCCUCUAAAAGUGACUUUGAGCAGCAACAGGAAUCACGCCGGGUCGCUCGGGCUGUCGCACACUUUGAGUCUCAGCAGCAAAACCUGGACAGUGCGCUGCUACGGCCUCAGGUUCAUAAUUCUGCCAAAGAGCGGGAUUGUGUGGGCGAGACUGGGGCUGCUAGCCAAAGCCAUAGUCGAGGGGAAGUAAGGAUUGCUUUUCGGGUGUCCAGUUUGGAUACCCGUUCCCAGUCUGAGCCCGAAGGCCGCCCAAGGUGCAUGUUUAUGAGCUGUGGGUCUGGAGGGGGACAGGCAGGAGCCAGGGCCAAAGAAAAGAUAACAUGUGACCUCUACCAACUGGUUAGUCCUUCAUCUCGAGACCCAGGUGCCAUCCUGGCUGGCUCGCCAAAGUCUGAUAUUUUAGGUGAAGGCGUCGCUGAGCGUCCGGCUCCCACAGCGCCUGACCCUAACCACGAUCACUGCUCAGGGGAAAAGAAGACUGUGGCUCGAGAAAGGAUGACUGGCUUCCAUGUUGAGGUUGUAGUAACAGGUGCUGUGGACCAGUGCGUCUUCUACGGUAAGGACAGCACAGAGAAUGUCCAAGAAGAGACCGUGUGCUUUGCUAUGCCUGGUGGCGCUAACACAGCUGGUUCCUCAGAAGACCCUCCACCUGGCCAGCUGUUCUUCCUGCAGACUCCUUCUGCAGAAGAUGAAAGCAGCGCUGGGGUCCCAAGUGGGCUGUGCUCUUUGGAUUGUGCAAACAACAAUGGGCCAGUAGGGGCAGCCGUAGAGAGGCCGGAGAGCCCGAUAGCUAGCGUGGACGACUGUGCUGACAAAUCUCUCUGUCGUCUCUACCGUCACGUCUCCCAUGACUUCCUUGAGAUCCGUUUUCAGAUCCAGCGGCUCCUGGAGCCCCGGCAGUACAUGCUCAUGCUUCCCGAUCACAUCAUGGUCAGCAUCUUCAGCUACCUUCCUACUCGCUCGCUCGCUGCCCUCAAGUGUACCUGCCAUGACUUCAAGACCCUGAUUGAGACCUACGGCGUGCGUGCCACGGACUCUCGCUGGAACCAGGACCCGCUGUACCGCGACGACCCCUGCAAGCAGUGCAAACGCCAGUACGAGCGGGGGGACGUCUCUCUCUGCCGCUGGCACCCCAAACCUUACCACCACGACCUGCCUUACGGACGCUCCUACUGGAUGUGUUGUAGGCGCACAGACAAAGACACGCCAGGCUGUAGGGUCGGACUGCAUGACAACAAUUGGGUUCAGCCAUGCGAUAUGGUCCAGGUCCGCACCAGAAGAGAAGAUGGGAGGUAAAGGCAGGAGCAGGGGAAUUCUGGAUCCCCUCCCUCUUCUCAUGUUGCCUAAACCUCAUGCCACUGUAAUAUUUAUGGUUGAGCUUGCCUCCCUGUCUCAGCUUGUUAACCUUGCUAUCAUGUCAGUAUAGUUCUUAGCAGUGCACCAUACUUAAUUCUUACUCCCAUAAUACGCAGACCAGUGCUCACAUGUGAAUACCGAUGCUGAUUAAAUGAGGUUAACGUCUGCUGCAUGGGACUAGAUCUUUAAAUGUAUUUGUAAAUUGGUUAGAAAUUCUUAUGGCUUGGCAGUCUUUUCCUAAGACCAGCUCCGAAGCCAACUUCAGCCUUGCAGGCACUUACUAGUCUUGUGGAAGUAAUUAAAUGUACUGAGGUUGGAUGUCAAGUGUUGUUUGCUGAUCCUGGGGCAAAUAAGAGCAAAAAUGAUGUCACUUUACCAAUACCUGAUGUCAUUUUGUAAUCUACACUUCUACUGUUCAUUGGGUAUUUUUGUCAUUUUCUUUGAGUAGGAAUGAGACUUUUUUCCCCUCCUUCCUUCUGGUUUUUGAAGCUCUUUUCAUAAAGCAUUAAUGAAAUGAGUCUUUCUCGUCCAGAGAUUUUCUCUGCGGGUCCCUGCUGCAGGCUGGCUGCCACUGGCUGCCCAUGUGCUGAUGGAUGCCAGUGCGUGUGUAGGAUCCGGCCUUAACCUCAUUCAUUCUGCUCUUGCCAUCAGUCUGGGAAACCUUUCAAACAGAAUCAAGUGUUGAUGCUGUCUCUUUGGGUUUGGGAGACCGUUGUAGGUUUCACUGUCAAAUAAUGCUAUAAAGAAUUUUUGCCUCUAAAGUAAAUAAAAUUUAUUUAAAAUUGA